GUCAUUCUGGAUUUUCCUAUCUGGCUCACCUUAACACAGGUGCCACCUCUCAUAUCUCCGAUAGACACGGAACUAUGAUGUUGUUUGUGCUGAUUUUAGGGUAUUUUGCGGUUGGUGAGGCUCUAGUGUGUACACCUCAAUUAUGUGAAAUGGUUAAGAACACCCCGCUACAGUGUAAGGGGUCCAUAGUGAAAGGUGGAGGGUUUUGCGGAUGCACUGACUCUUGUGCAAAGCAAGAAGGAGAGGAAUGCGAUUUGCCAUCAGGAAUCCAUCUCUUCGGUAUUCCCCCUUCUGGUCCCUGCGAUGAUGGAAUGGAAUGUACCAGCCCGAUAACAGAAAACCACUCCACACCAAGACUUGGAAGGGGAGUCUGUACAAGAAGUAGACAAUUGAGAAAGACUCGCAGCCAGGACUACACACCGUGUCAGCAGAUGUACGCUCAGCGAUCCAUCAGUAUGGUUAUUUGGCAGGGCUGGUUUCUUCCGAAAUGUGAUGUCGAGGGCAACUUUGAAUCGGAACAGUGCGACAACACAGGCCAUUGCUUCUGCGUAACUCCACAUGAAGGAAACUUAAUAGAAAGCACCAAAGUCCUCGGUUCUGCUGACUGUUCAGCACACACACACUCCAGGCGCGAUCUGACCCAGUGUCAACAAAUGUACCAGCUACGCAUGAUUUCGUUCGUUAUUUAUAAAGGCAUGUGGACUCCAAAGUGCGAUUCCAUUGGGAACUUUGAGCCUGUUCAAUGUGAUAAUACUGAUCAUUGCUUUUGUGUGACAGAAUUAACCGGUACAGUUGUGAGGGCAUCUAAAAUUGCCCACAGCAAGCCUGACUGUUCCAUGUACGACCUGACUGAGGCAGCACCUACCAUAAUGAUACCCUCGUAAUGCAGCGUCAUUUCUACUUUGUAUUUCCUCAAUAAAUGGUAAUCUGUUAAACUCA